AUGAGCUCUACCGGGGGCUCGCAGCGCGCAAACGAAGUCAACAGCGCCAUGCUCAACAUCCCGGGAUAUGCAGACGACACGAUGCUCUUCAUGAUGCGAUGGGGGAGCCUGGCCCAGAAAAACAAAGAGGCUGAUGUGGUGCUUGAAUCGCUUCGGCAUUCGCCCGGCAAUCAGGCGACGCUACGUAAAGUCGACUAUGACGAAUUCCUCGUCCGCCUGUCGGCCCUGAACAAACAUUGGUUUGCGAGCCAGAGAACAGGCGGAAGCCCCGUCAGCGUCGUCGGCACCCGCGGCAGCGGCCAGGGCGACGACGGAGGGCCAAAAGCAGCAGCAGCAGCAGCAGCAGCAGCAGAAGCGGCUAGCUGUGAGGAUGACAGAGACGGAGGAGGCGUCCACACAGGCGACGACGACGAUGCCGUGGAUCCGCUCCUCCAGGCCGCUGAGCUCAAGGCCCGGACGCUGGAGCUGGUUGAGGAUUUUCCGCAGCUGGUACGCGAUUUUGACAAGUUUGUCGACUGUACCAGGGUCAUGGCGGCCAAGUAUGGCAGGGCACCAGCAUGA